AUGUCGGAACCCUUAAAUACUCCGAUCCUCAUAAAUUAUGAUGAUCAAAAAAAAUUAAAUAAAGUAAUGACGGAAUUUCUAGGUGAAGAAUUUACACCCUCAAAUAAAAACUUUGAUGAAAAUGAUGAUGCAACACGUUUAAUUAAAGAAAUACAAGAUGAAAUAAACUUAGAAUCAAAAUAUAAAGAUAAUUUAUAUGAAUUAAAAGAAAAGAAAGAACAAGAUUUUAUUGAAUUAGAAAAAAGAUACAAAGAAUUUAAAAUACAUGCUACCAAUGAAAAUAUUUCAAAUAAAAAUAAUAUUAGUAUUAGUAGUUUGGGUCCUCCGCCUAAACCAAUUGAUUUAUCGGAAUUUGGAUUAGAUGACUAUGAUCUUAAUAAUUGGUGCUGUAUUUGUAAUGAAGAUGCGAUUAUAAAAUGUAGAGAUUGUGAUGGAGAUUUAUAUUGUCAAUCAUGUUUCAACGAAGGUAAUAAAAGAAAUUUUUUUUGA